AUGUCAUUCAAUGAUGAGAUCGACCAGGUUGAAGGCCUACUGAGUCGGAUCGGGGACGGCUUUCUGGAGAUGAGGACCUCGCUACAACACAUCCAUGAGCUCAACGCAUCGCUGGAUGAGAUCAGUGUCGGGUGCGACAAAGAGAAGAACGCACUGAUGCAAGAGAUGCUGGCAAAAGGCGACUCCCGUGCUUCACAGAGCCAGCUGGAUACUCUGCGUAGUCUCGAGCAGCGGCUGCACAACCUCCAGAGGCUGGAGGCGCUGCCGCACUGGGAAUGGCAGCAUGCACAGCGUCGCCUGUACAUCCAGGAACACAUGGAAAAGCAGCGGCGGCGGAUACGUCAGCAGGUGGACAAGAUGUAUCGUUUGACUGCAGCGAUUCGCUACAAGACCAUCGAGACGAUGGAAAUGCUGGAGCCGCCGACCGAAGAAGAGCUCAGGACCGAGGAGCUUGUCCAGUCGGCGAGACGGAACAAAUGGAGACGUCGAAGCUUCCGAGGUUCCCGCAACCAUAGUGCACGAGGCCAUCGCUUCCGAGGUUAA